AUGCAGUUUGUGUCAACACGGCCGCAGCCUCAGCAGCUGGGCAUCCAGGGCCUGGGGCUGGACAGCGGGAGCUGGAGCUGGGCCCAGGCUCUGCCCCCGGAGGAGGUCUGCCAUCAGGAGCCGGCGUUGCGCGGGGAAAUGGCCGAGGGAAUGCCGCCCAUACAGGCUCAAGAAUGGGACAUGGACGCCCGGCGGCCGAUGCCUUUUCAGUUCCCACCCUUUCCAGAUAGGGCACCUGUCUUCCCCGACCGCAUGAUGCGAGAGCCCCAGUUGCCCACAGCAGAGAUCUCACUCUGGACUGUGGUGGCUGCCAUUCAGGCUGUGGAGAGGAAGGUGGAUGCCCAGGCCAGCCAGCUGCUGAACCUGGAGGGGCGCACGGGGACAGCCGAGAAGAAGCUGGCCGACUGCGAAAAGACGGCCGUGGAAUUUGGGAACCACAUGGAGAGCAAGUGGGCCGUGCUGGGAACCCUGCUGCAGGAGUACGGGCUGCUGCAGAGGCGGCUGGAGAACUUGGAGAACCUGCUGCGCAACAGGAACUUCUGGGUCCUGCGGCUGCCCCCGGGCAGCAAGGGGGAGGCCCCCAAGGUUCCAGUGACUUUUGUCGACAUUGCUGUGUACUUCUCCGAGGAUGAGUGGAAGAACUUGGACGAAUGGCAGAAGGAGCUUUAUAACAACCUUGUGAAGGAGAACUACAAAACCCUCAUGUCCCUGGACGCCGAGGGCCCAGUCCCGAAGCCAGAUGCUCCGACCCAGCCUGAGCCCAGGGAAGAGCCUUGUGUGUGGGAGCAGCGCCACCCUGAAGAGAGAGAAAUCUCAAUGGAUCCUGAUGCAGGAGCAGAGCCCCUGGUGCCUGCGCAGGAUGCGCCUUCCCAGGUGAAGCGUGAGGACGCCCUAUGUGUCCGGGGUCAGCGGGGCCUGGAGGAAAGAGCCAUCCCCACGGAAUCCAUUACUGACUCCCCAAUUUCUGCCCAGGACCUCUUGUCCCGGAUUAAACAGGAGGAGCAUCAGUGCGUGUGGGAUCAGCAGGAUUUGGCAGACAGAGAUAUUCCCACGGAUCCCAAUUCAGAGUCUCUCAUCUCAGCACAUGACAUUUUGUCGUGGAUCAAGCAGGAGGAGCAGCCAUACCCAUGGGGACCACGUGACUCAAUGGACGGCGAGCUUGGAUUAGACUCUGGCCCUAGUGAGUAGUGCCUACCUGGGCCCCGGGGUUUCUCCUCUAGAGCUGUACAGCUGAGGCCUGGAGGAAGGCUGCUGCUCUUCUCAGCUCACCCCUCGUAGGGCGAUGUUCUGUUGAUGGCAGCCUUUCA